UGGCGGGCAGUUGGAUCUAACAGAAGGCUAACUAGCGUCAGGUGUUUCCUCCUAGCGCCAACCGUCACUGUGGGUCUCCAGUAGCUUCGUCCUCUAGUCCUCUAGGCUGUACCGCUCUGCAUACGCGCUUUGGAAUUUUAACACAUUGUUGUGGGAUGGACUGAGAUGAUCGGGCCUGCAGUGAAUGAACCUCAUCCGCGCUCGCUGUUGAAGCGUAAGGCGACACCUCCCUUGCCGGACGUAGUCGACAUAGUCUCUGACGUCUGCAACUAUGAGACCAUCUCUGACUACAUCCAGCUCUUCGGUCCGGAGGAGGUGGAAGAGCAGGGGGGCAGCCCCGCCAGCCUGGAGUCCGGCUACAACACUGGCGGCACGCCGGACGACGAAGACUCCAACCUCUCUUGGCUCCUCAACUUUAAGGUUUCCUCCCUCUUCGACCCUACCGAGGAUCAGUCGACGCCCGCCAAAAGGGACGAAGGCUGCAUGUGUGCGGGCACGGGUACCACCGGAUACCAACAGUCUGUACCCGGCAAACCGCCCUUCACCUACACAGAGCUGAUAGAGAAGGCACUGAAGGAGCAGGGUCAGCUGACAGUGUCCGGGAUAUAUACGUGGAUAUCGACCAAGUACCCCUACUACAACCCCAGUGACGACAGGUGGAAGAACUCCGUGAGACACAACCUCAGCAUCAACCCUCACUUCCGCAAGGGUCUCAAGUCUCGCCAUGGCGCCGGUCAUCUGUGGACCCUCAGUAACGAGGGUGUCAACCCUCCUCCAGAGUCUUGGAAGAGGAGCCGUGUGGAGGUGGGAGAAGUGAGGAGUGCGACACCCGAGAUGGUCGACGAGGCCGCGCUGGCAGCAGCAACGAUCAUGUCCCUGGACGCGGACCCUGAGCCGGAGCCUAUUCCCGUCUCCUGCCCUCCAGACUCAGGUUCACCGCUGCACCGAGUGGCGGAGGAGAUCCUGAGUGGUGUCAAGAGACGGGUAGAGGUCCAGUACCUGGUCCACGACUGUAACACUAACGAAUUUCUAAACCCAGUUUCGAAGGAGGAGAUCGUCUCAGAGUCGGGUCUGGACACAAGCCACUGUGAGACGACGAGCUCGCUCCUCUCAGAGCUCAAUUCUGAGCUACACUUGCCAGACAACCUGUUCAGUGACGAGCUCGCCUUCACCUGCUACUCACACCUCUGACCUCAAACCUCGGCCUAUUGCCGUCCUCCCAUCGUAUAGACUAAGUCAUAGUUUUGUACCGUGUCGCUUAAGCGUUCUGCCAGUGACACAGCUCUCUGCUGUUCUGUUUGUACUCUCUAGGUUCACCCUUUCAUUUCCGGUUGUGAAUUGUUUUAUUGUUGUGGUUUGUUUAUACUCUUGAGUGAGGUGAAGAUUUCCGUGUAGUGUCGAUGACCUUAUGGUACAUCCUGUACAUAGACUAUUGAUAUGUAACGUUAGGCUGUAAAAAUAUCAAAAUGUAUUUUUAAAAGUGUCUGGAUAAUUGAGUGUGUCGUUGUUCAGUGUAAUUGUGCGUGUUUUGUAAUUACUCAUUCCUCUCGUAGAUUUGUAAUUAUUUUCAAAUAAAAGGUUUUAAAAUCCA